UGGAUGACAGAGCUUCCUCCAACGCUGCAGCACAUCGGGCUGGGCCAGAACCUUCAAGAAGAGGGCUGGACCGGAGAGCAAGGACCGGUCCUCUGGACCGACACCCCUGCUGACCGAGAACGCAAGCUCAGGGAACGACUUGGAGGGAAAGGAGAGUGAGGAAACAGAACCGGUCCCUCAACUGUCUCACAAAGACUUACAGAUGGCUUGAGAAAGUAUGUCCAAAUACAACGAAACCAAGCGUGGCGAGUCUCUGAUCAGUCUCCACGAGAAGCAGAUGAAGAAGAGGAAGCUGGACGAGGGAGCCACGCCGGUGGAGAGACGAGCGUUUGACCGGGACCAGACUUGCAGGUCAACAAGUUUGAUGAGGCUCAGAAACAACGUCUGCUGAAGAAGUCCCAGGAGCUCAACACACGCUUCGGACACAGCAAGGAGAAAAUGUUCCUCUGAGACAAUCCACACAGGAUUGGGCAUUUCUGGUCACCUGACCCAGUCAAUUAUGAUGGGAACGUUCCAGGUUGACUUUUUAUUGCAGUCCAAUUGCUCAGAUGAUCAGAACACAUUGUACUGAAUAUGAUCUGAGCUGAACAGAGGUAGUUCAGGUAUAACUUGUAUUGUAUUUUGAUAAAAGUGUGAAUAUCAGUUUGAUAGUUAAAUUUUAGUAGUCACUCUUAUCCAGAGCGACUUAGAGUAGUGAGUGCAUAUAUGUUCUUACUUAUUACUUCUCUGUGCUGGUUUCCCCGUGGGAAUCGAACCCACAACCCUGGCGUUGAAAGCUCCAAUGCUCUACCAACUGAGCCACACGGGACCUCCCUCAUCCUUUUAGUUUUUACAGGUCCGAUGCGCAGCUGUUUUUUAAAAUCUUAAUAGCGAAUCAUUUCUGGGGAACAGUUAAGUACAUUACUGUAUUUGUUUUCAAUUCAAACGCAAAAAA